UUGAUCCAUUGGGCUCUGGCCAUUGGUAGCUCUGUUGUGUAGAAUAGAAUGGUAGAAUAAUUGUCAUGACUAUAGAACACUGGACAACGUUUUUCAAUGCGUCUAAGAUUGCCUGUCAAUAAUUUCUGCGUCAGCUUGCUUCAUUUCUGGAAUGUUACCAUUCAUGGCCAGUUUGCGUGUGCUGUCGAAGGGUCUAGUCAAAGAAUACCACCGGCCAUGUUUCCUUAACAGGUUAUGUUUUCGGAGUCCUAAAUCAUUCUCAUCGUUCAAAGUAGCCUGUCAUGUUGAUCGGCGUUAUACUAAACGCUUUCUAUCCAUCAAUUUUCCAAGGUUAUGCUUAAGUAACCGUAAUGAUUUCUAUGACAAUCUAAUGGAUUCGCCAGCCAGUCAGGGAAAUGGAUUUUGGUUGCAACGAAGAUCAACACAUGCUGUGCUGGAAAAUGAUUCAUGUUUUCAAUCAACAAUUUUUAGUGCAAAAGUUUUAGAAGAUUGUGUGGAUAAUCAGUGCCGAUGGAGUAUAUCAACACCCACCAAACAAGACAUAUUUCAGGCCUCUGUCAAAGACCUUUCAAGCUUUAUUUGCCAUCAGGCUCCCACAAUGGGACGUGAAGACUUCAGGAAAUGCUGCACUUACAUAGCUGAGCACUUACCAACAUUUACUGAUGAUGACAUAUUACAAAUAACCAUGUCUAUGUAUACUUUACGUUUCCAAGGAGGAAACACUUCAACGAUUUGGGAAGUUAUAGAUAAAGAACUUCUUGCAAGAUAUUACCAGUUCUCCAAUAAUCCCUCCAAAGAUGACUUUUUUACUAGAGUGACUGAUGUCAUUUUCUGGUUGAACUUUCUGGACAAAAGUUUUUUUGUUGAGAAAUAUUUAUCAAAAUCAAUAACCUCUCAAUCUUUGAGAUACCCACAUGGAAUCCAAAUUAUGUUUUAUGCGAGUUGUACAUCACGGCAAUGGCGAAGUAAAAUGGACGUGAGGCAUUUAACUUAUUUUCUUGAUGAAAUUAAAGGAAAAUGCCAGCUUAACACUUUCUUAGUAGCUAUUGAAUGUUUUUCUUUGAUUCAUUUUGUGAGAAGAAUGGUGUCUGCACCAAAGACAAUCCAUGUUCCACGGGAACUACAACAUUUUCUCAUUGCCACUGCUUUGCAGAACAAUAAUGAUGAUGUUUUGAAGUCAGUAACUCAGUUUUUUUACUCAUGUGCAGUAAGAAGAAUUCCUAAGAAUUUCCAUGCUCUGCUUGAUAAGAUAAGUGGAAGUGGACCCUUAACAAACUUCAUUGUUGUGUAUUACAUUUUACAUAUAAUGUCCAACUGUAGAAUUAAACAUGAUAAGUUUAUCGCAAAUUUGGACAGCUUUGAUGACAUUGAUCAGGCAGAUCCUAAAGUUAUCAGCAGCAUGUUUUUAAAUCUCUAUGGAGAUCUUGGUCCAAAGGAUGUUGCUCAUUUGGCCAAAAGAGUAGCACAUUUUUUUGAAAAUGGAGACAUAUGCUCUACUUCAGAAGGCCUUCUUUUGAAAAUAUUUGUAACCCUCAUGGACUCAGGAAUCAAUCUUUUUCAUCUCUGGGAGUUAACUAUGCAAGGAGAUGUUAUAGUACCCAAUUACCACAAUAAAUUAAAUUCUUACCAUGGUGGUAUGAAUGGCCUACACUUGGUAGCAGAUGACUGUAUUGAAGUUAACUGCCCCCAGUACAGAGGUUCAAGACUGUCUGAUGCGUUGCGUAUGCAAUUGUAUCUUGAAAACAAUAAUAGCUCAAAUAACAUAGAUAAAAAUCACUUGUUCUACACAAUAUUUCAACACCUUCAAGAUAUGUCAAUGGGACUUGUUUUAAUGACACAUGUUCUCCCCGGCUUCAGCUGCCCAGGUGUGGCUGAUUUAAUUUUGUGUCUUGAUAGAAACCGUGUUUUUAAAAAACCAACUCAUGUUAGUAAUAUAAGUCCAUGGAGAGUUAAAAAAUUACCAAAACCUCGACUUGACUGUACAUACUUUGUUGUAUGGGCUUCUCCAUCUCACUGGCCUCCAUAUUAUGUGAAGCUGAAGGAUCGCACUUUGAAGAAGCUUGGCUAUGUCAGUUUGAUGAUUCAGCCAGAAACAUGGAGUUUGCCAAACGAGUGCAUAGACCAUGAGUUACACUCAUUUUUUUACAAGUAUUCAAAAACGAAGAGAGAGUCGGAUUUAUAUGUGUAGUAGCAAUUUAGUUUCUAGAUCGUUAUUGAACAAUUGUCAAAAAAUUAUACAUUGUUUGAAUUUAAAUUACUUUUAUUUAAUGUUGUCACAAUGCCAACCAUAAAAUAAACAAAUCAAAAAAAUUCA